AUGUGGCACCUGUGGAUUGUUCUAUUGAUAUUUACAACGGAUUUCUCCUGUUCAGACGGCACUGUUUAUGGUAGCGUUAACGAUGGUCCCGAUGAUUCUGGCCACGGUUCAACAGCCACACUGUCCGGCUCCAGAUCACUGCCAAACCAGCCCAUAGAUUUCGUCGACACUCGUUCCGGUGGAAUGGCUCUAGAUCACGUUAACGGGCUCGGCCAUAGGGAUGUGGACCUAUUCAGUCAGCUGAGACACAUGCAGCACAUGUCACGCAGUGCGCCCAGGUCAACACCGUCCCUCGCUUCUGAAUCCGAGAUGGCCAGUGUAAGAAGAUCCCUAGCGACAGUACUGCAAGUUUUGCUACCAUAUGGCCGCUUGCAACAACGUCCACAACCUGCAACCGAUCAGGACGCUAGCGAUCCUUUUGACGAAGAGAGCCUUCAUCUCGGCGAACCCUUAAUACCCGACCGACCGGAUUCAGCGAACUAUCUACUGCACGGCAAGCUGGUCGAGAUUGGCCCAAGGCAGCGCAGUACGUUCGGUAGCCCUACGGCCGACGCUGAGAACCACAGCUCUGGAACAGCGGAGGAAGACACUUUGGGAACCGUCGGUCAAAAACGAGCAGCAGCCCUUCGCUCCACAGUCGCCCGUCGCUCGCACAUUUUACCGGCCGUUUCCGGGGGUGGCGGAGGCGGUGGAGGUGGAGGAGGUGGGACGGAAGAUGGCAGCUUUAUGCCUUCCAUCAGUGUUGGUGAGUUUUACGGUGCGCUGACAAACUUGGGCGACUUCUUUCAGAACCUCAAGCACAAUCUGGAGUCGCUCGAGUCGAAGAACCUCAACAACGAUCAGGUGAAGCUGCUGGAGGGCCAGAACAUGAUCAGCAAUCUGCGCAAAGGGUUCUUCUAUUCCAGAGUUUGUCGAGGACUAUCCCAAGCCGGCGGGCAGUGCCGCUUUCCUGCACGCCAUCCGGAAUUAUCGGCCCUCGCACCGGAUUCGGGCACUAGUGUCCACCGUGCCGGAGCUUUACCGUGGAACCAACUUUCACGAUCCCGUAUACAUGCUUGCCGGACUCGGAAAAUGAGCUAUCCGCCGACAAUACGGCCGCCCCACUCGGUCCUGCUGGCAUCCUGCUAG